AUGGUCUAUGAUCGAUAUGCAGCCAUCUGCCAGACCCUCCACUACAGAACUACUAUGAGCAAGGCAGCUUGCUUCCUCAUGGCAUCUGCAGUGUGGGCUAUCAGUGGCACCAAUGCAACAAUACACAUCAUAUUGAUUGUUCACUUGUCUUUUUGUGGCCCCAACUUCAUUGAUGAAUUCUUUUGUGAGAUUAUGCCAUUAUUGCCACUCUCCUGCUCCUCAACCUAUGUCAACAAUGUCAUGGUUGUUGUGGCAGACAUGUUUUUUGCUACUUUCAAUUUUAUGCUAAUUCUGGUGUCCUAUGGUUUCAUCAUCUCCAGCAUCUUGAAGAUCCAGAGCAAAGAAGGGAAUAAGAGAGUAUUUUCCACUUGUUCCUCCCACCUUAUUGUGGUAGCAAUGUAUUAUUGCCCUAUAAUUCAUAUCUACGUUCUUCCUGGUUUGGGUCAGUCUCUGAAGGAAGGCAUAGUAGCCUCAAUGUUUAAUACCAUAGUGACCACAGCCUUGAACCCUGUGAUCUACUCCUUGAGAAACAAGGAUGUGAAAAUAGCCCUCAAGAAAUUAUGUCCAUUCUUAGGAAAUAAUUGA